GAUUUCCCGAGCUCGGUGCAAUUCAAUCAUUUCCUGAAUCAAUCAGGCCGAUCUCUACUGUGGAAAAAAACGGCGAUAUUGAUGUUAACAGUUUGGCCCAGCUGACGGCUCAGAUAAGUAACGUUACACUUGUUAAAGCUUUUGUUUUUUACAAUGGCAGAUAACAGGACGGUUGCUGGGGAGCGCGCUUAGCGGAUGCAUCAUCAUCAAAUGCAGUCAAAUCGGCCCUCGACUUGCAACUCGGAAAAUACUAACGGGAACUGGAAUAACACCAUGGAUGCUCCUCAGUAUCCAGGCUACCCUUCACACUACUGGUAUCCUCAGUCUCAUUCUGCAGGGCACUAUGCAAACACCUAUCCCUCGGGAUCAGAUGUUCAGCCACAGUACAAUCCACAGGUAAUGCCUGGAGGUUAUCCAAAUGGCCAUGGUGUCUACAGCCCACCACAGAAUCAAUAUUCAACAAGUGGCUUCCACCCAUCCAACCCUUUCUACUGUGCGGACACUCAGAGACCGGCUCUAGGUCAGUAUCCUAACCAGGGCUGUCCAGCGGAGCAGAGCAGUGGGCCGUCUGGGCAGCCACACGCUCAACACCAACAUCAUCACUAUCCUGGUCCACACUGUCAAGGGGGUCCUGGAUAUCCUCCUGGAGCGUAUCCUCACUACAGUGAAGGAGGUCAUGCAAUGCCUUCAAACCCCCCAUACCCCACUGGCCAACCUCACCACCAAAACCCCGAGGCAUGGGCGCACUCUGGAGCGUAUGCCCCCCCACAGCCGCAAUGGCAGCCAGGCCAGCAACCUCCACAAAACCACUACGGAAAUCCUGUCCGUCCAGCGCAUCCUCCAGCAUGGCCAGGGACUGGAACUGGUGCUCCACCACCUUACCAACCCAAGGACCAACAGCAUCAACGUGCCCAACAAGUGGGACCUAAACCCAGGCCGACCCCAUCCCUGAAUCCCCCCAAUGGAAAGCCAGCCGAAAUAUGUUCACCUCCCCAAAUGUACAACAAAACUGGGAGAGGGGAGCCUCCGCCAGGUGAGCCUCUGCCCUCGGCCCCGGCCCAAGCUCCAAGCCAGGCUGGACCUCAUCCGCUGAGCGAUAACCCCAGCCUCGCGAAGGUCCAAUAUGUCAUGGCCAGAAUGCUACUGCUUCAGGAAGAUGUUGAUGAGUUUGUUGGCAGAAAGUCAGACAAGAGUUAUCGUUGUCUGGAGGAACUGCUGACCAAAGAGCUGCUGGUGCUAGACUCUGUGGAGACUCAGGGACAGGAGACUGUCCGGCAAGCCCGAAAGGAGGCUGUGCAGCGGAUCCAGGCUAUUCUGGACCGGCUGGAGAAGAAAGCCUUCUGAACUGGACUUAUUUACUGGUUUGUGGGUCUCUAAGUCUUGCUGUUUUUCUUCUUCCAGAGCUCUCUCUCUCUCUCUGUCGCUCUCUCUCUCUCUCUCUCUCUCUCUCUCUCUGUCGCGCUCUCUCUCUGUCGCUCUCCCUCUCUGGUACAUGGAACCAACCUUGUAAAGCUUAAUUAUGCUGGUAUAAGUGAUAUGAUGGUGUUAGAAGUGUAGACUGAUGGUUGUACAUAUCAUAAGUGACUUUGAAUCUCAGUGAGUGACUCUGCUGGCUACACAACCUGACUCUCUUACUCAGCUCAUCUGUCAUGCCUUUGCCAGCAUAAUGCAGGGCUGAGUCACCGAAAGAUCAAUUUAUUCAGAUUUUCGUCAUGCUGUCCUUCAGGAUUGUGGGUCGAUUUUAGACUGAUCCUACAUCUAACAACACGUGAACUUCAUUAGCCGUCUAUUGUUACGUCUCAUAGUCCGCAUGAUUUUGUCUUCACCCCCCGAUUAGAGGCCAUAGACUUAGUUGCCCAUCGUCCCGUCUCCAUGUCUCUGCAGGAAGAGGUGCAAUGCUUUCCUUUUUUAAAUUGUGCCCCCAGGCCUGCAUGCACUGUAAUGUCAGACAAACACUCGAUAAAGUCAUGACAUCUCAAAGCUUAUAAUUGGGCGUAGAGCGUUGCAGAUUAGUGAGAGCCCCCUCAAGAUUGCUGUCCUCAUUAUUCCAUCUUUUGGAUGAAAUUUCUUCCUAAAUGCGGACCUAGAAUCAGACCUACAUAUGAAUGCCAUGUAUUUUACUCUAGGAACUACUGUUAUUACAGAAACGUAAGGAAAAGUUUAAGAAUUACUUGAAAAGCUGUUGAAUUAUGUUCUUUUUAUCCCGUUUUGAACUAUAUAUAUAUAU